UCAGAUAAUCUAAAACAAAGGAAAACAAUGUUGGGAGUGUUACGCAAAGGCGGAAGAAUGAUAUGCUCGCUUCUCACCCAAGCACCAUUCCCUCUCGCUUAUUGUAGCUCUCCUUCUUCAAUUUACGAAGCCAAACCUUCUGGUUAUCUCCCUCGCUUCUCCUCGGGUUUUCUGUGUCCAAUUUCCUGCUCUGCAAUCCGAGCGUUGUGUUCGAAAUCCGGUAAAGUGGGAGGAAUGGCGUCGUCGCUGCAAAAUCAGGGUUCUAUUACGUACCUAACUCAGCGAGAAGCUGCCGAGAUUGAUGAGAUUCUCAUGGGUCCUCUUGGCUUUAGCGUUGAUCAGUUAAUGGAAUUAGCUGGUUUAAGCGUCGCCACAUCGAUGGCUGAGGUUUAUAAACCAAGCGAGUAUAAUCGUGUUCUUGCCAUUUGUGGUCCGGGAAAUAAUGGAGGCGACGGGCUGGUUGCUGCUCGUCAUUUGUAUCACUUUGGAUAUAAGCCAUUUGUCUGUUAUCCCAAGCGAACUUCCAAACCCCUUUAUUCUGGUCUUGUUACUCAGCUGGAAUCUCUGUCAAUCCCUUUCCUGUCAGUGGAUGAGUUGCCUGUGGACUGGUCAAAUGACUUUGACAUUCUAGUAGAUGCUAUGUUUGGCUUUUCAUUUCAUGGUGCACCGAGGCCACCUUUUGAUAAUCUGAUCGAGAAGCUGGUUCACUUAAAUAAUUAUAAACAAAGGCAACAAAAGUCCCCUGUGAUUGUGUCUGUAGAUAUUCCAUCUGGGUGGCAUGUUGAAGAAGGUGAUGUUAAUGGUGAAGGAAUUAAACCUGACAUGUUGGUUUCUUUGACUGCUCCAAAACUGUGUGCCAAGAAAUUUUCUGGACCUCAUCACUUUCUAGGUGGUAGAUUUGUCCCACCAUCUAUUGCAGAAAAAUAUAAGCUUCACCUUCCCCCAUAUCCUGGCACAUCUAUGUGUGUCCGAAUUGGAAAGCCUCCACAAAUUGAUAUAUCAGCUCUCAGAGAGAAUUAUAUGUCUCCAGACUUCCUGCAGGAGCAGGUGGAAGCUGACCCUAUUGAUCAGUUUCGCAAAUGGUUUGAUGAUGCGGUGGCUGCUGGCUUAAAGGAACCAAAUGCUAUGGCUUUGUCAACAACAGGAAAAGAUGGAAAACCCUCAUCAAGAAUGGUAUUGCUGAAAAGUGUGGACAAGGAUGGGUUUGUUUGGUACACCAAUUAUGAAAGUCGGAAGGCACGCGAGUUAUCAGAAAAUUCUCAUGCAUCACUUCUUUUCUACUGGGAUGGGCUUAAUCGGCAGGUAAGAGUGGAAGGAUCUGUGCAGAAAGUUUCUGAUGAUGAAUCAGAGCAAUACUUCCACAGUCGUCCUCGAGGAAGUCAAAUUGGAGCAAUAGUUAGCAAGCAGAGUACUAUAGUUCCUGGACGGCAUGUACUACACCAGCUAUACAAAGAAUUAGAAGAAAAAUACUCUGAUGGGAGUUUGAUUCCAAAGCCUAAACACUGGGGAGGAUACAGACUUCAACCUGAGCGUUUUGAGUUUUGGCAAGGACAGCAGUCCCGUUUGCAUGACAGGUUGCAAUAUUCCCCUCAAGAGAUCAAUGGGAAACAGUCUUGGAGAAUCGAUCGUUUGGCCCCCUGAGUAGUAUUUUCAGCUUCUUCACUGUGAAAUUCACCACUGUGUUGUGUGCAAAGGACAAGGACCCGAAUGGCUGAAUGCUCUUAAAUACCACAAUGAGCUUUGUUGACAGUUAUGAUGGUAAGUCACUUUAUUAGUGGAUAUUAAACUUUCCUUGUUAUAUUCCAAUUUCAUGAUUGGGACUGAGGUGUUUACCGUUGAUAAUCAUGGAGGAAUACCCAUGUUUGCAAUCAUGGUUGUUUUGACACCGUCUCUGAAUUGGAGCGUCUGAGUUUGCAAUU